GGUUUGGAUGUGGUUUGUCCCCGCAAAAAACUCAUGUUGAAAUUUGACCCCCGAUGUGGCAGUGUGCAACCUAGGCCAGUAAGUAGUGCUUCUGCUCAUCUCCUUAGCUGUGAUACGCAGCCGGCCCUCGCUCCAGCAGCUGGACCCCUACCUGCUGUCUGCUGCCCUCAGAGCCCAAAGCCGGGCUGUGACUGCUCAGGCCAGCCAGCUGGAGGGAGGGGCUCAGCAGCUCUGGCUUUGGCCCUGGGAGAGCAGGUGGAAGAUCAGGCAGGCCAUCGCUGUAGCAGAACCCAGUGGAUCGGCCUAGAUGGGAUCUCUGAGCUGAACAAGCGCUCUCCGGGUGGGAGGUGCAGAGAGGGGAGGGGCAGAGCCGCAGGCACUGCUAAGAGGGCUGAGGAAACGGUAGAAUGCAGCAGCUGGUGAUGUGUGGGUGACGACCCAGGAGCUCCUGAUGUCCACCGGCCCCAGUCUCCUGUCCCCCCACCAGGUGUGUGGUGAUGGCAGGCAUGCCCUUCCCCAGCAUCAGGUCUCCAGAGCUGCAGAAGAAGACGGCCUACUUGGAUCACACUCCCGUGAGUGUCUCCAGUGUUGCAGAGGGUGAGAGGAGAGCAGGCGCCCUGCUGCUUGCGGUGGCCGACGAAGCCUCCUGGUCUGGCUCCAAGGCCUGCCAGAGUCUUUUCCCGGGGAGAGCUACAAGCAGGAACCAGUCCACAUGGCCUUUGCCUCUGUUCCCAAGAAGGCAGGGCCAUCAGGCACCAAAGGGAUUCUGCCAGCAUAGUGCUCUGACCGCUGGAGACGGUGUUUGUCAUGGGCCUGGUCUGCAGGGAUCCUGCUACAAAGGUGAAACCCAGGAGAGUGUGGAGUCCAGAGCGUUGCCAGGCCCAGGCACAGACACUAGUGCCCACUGGAGAAAACAGGGGAAUCCCGAAGAAAUGGUGGGUCCUGGCCAUCCUUUAGGUCUUCCAGGGCAGCUCCCCUCUGUGGAAUCGAAUCUGUCUUCCAUCCUGCGUGGCCGAGGGCCAGGCUUCUCACUGGGCCUCUGCAAGAAGCUGCCAUUUCUGUCCUGCCCACCUUCUUAGAAGCGAGACGGAGCAGACCCAUCUGCUUCUGCCCUUUCUAUAAUAACUGAAGUGAGCUGCCCUGGACUAUUCACCCUCAGUCUCAAUUUAAAAAGAUCCCCAUGGCCACAGGGCCCCUGCCCGAGGGCUUGUCACCUCCCCCACGUUCUUCCUGAGUCACUCCUGCAGCCCUGCUCCCCACCGUGCCCCACAGCCCUGCCUGGAUUUGUAUCUCCCUGGCUUGGUGUCAGUUCCUCCAAGUCGAUGGCACCUCCCUCCCUCUCAACCACUCGGGCAAACUCCAAGACAUCUUCUACCCCAACACCAACAAUUGUGCCAAGGGCCACGAGGCUCAGCAUGACUAUUUUUAGAGACCCCGUGUCUGUCACUGAAACCUUUUUUGUGGGAGACUAUUCCUCCCACCUGCAACAGCUGCCCCUGCUGAUGCACUUCUCUCCUCCCUCUCACCCCAGAGAAACUGGUCAGCUGGGAUCUUCCGCCCCCACUGCCUAGGGACCAAUAGGGGCAGGAGGCAAGUCACUGCCCCGAGACGUUUGCAUCCUGCACAGCUAGAGGUCCUUUAUUAAAAGCACACUGUUGGUUUCUGCUCA